UUUCCGUCUUCUCUCUCCUCUUCGAUUUGGAGUCCCUUAUUAGUGUGUGUGUGUGUGUGUGUGUCUGUGUGUAAUUCAUUGAUUCAAAGCAGAGAGAGAGAGAGAGAGAGAUAGCGAACGAGAAUGAGAAAGAAUAGCAGAGCCGUGGUCAUAUCUGUGUUUAUUUUCAUCGCAUUCAAUCUCUGUGAAGCACUGUACGGACCCUCUUCUCCAGUUCUUCAGUUAAACCCCUCCAACUUCAAGUCCAAGGUUCUGAACUCCAAUGGAGUGGUACUGGUUGAGUUCUUUGCACCAUGGUGUGGGCACUGUAAGGCUCUAACACCUACAUGGGAGAAGGCAGCUACUGUCUUGAAAGGUGUUGCCACUGUGGCAGCGCUCGAUGCUGAUGCACACCAGUCCCUAGCUCAGGAAUAUGGGAUCAAAGGAUUUCCUACCAUAAAGGUGUUUGCACCUGGGAAGCCUCCAGUAGAUUAUCAAGGAGCUAGAGAUGUCAAACCCAUUGCAGAAUUUGCACUUAAACAGGUAAAGGCACUUCUAAAGGAACGAUUAGAUGGAAAAGCAACCGGAGGAUCAAAUGGAAAAUCUGAACCUAGUGCUUCAGUAGAACUGAAUUCCAGCAAUUUUGAUGAGCUGGUGCUUAAAAGUAAAGAACUUUGGAUUGUGGAGUUCUUUGCACCGUGGUGUGGACACUGUAAAAAAUUGGCUCCUGAGUGGAAGAAGGCUGCUGGUAACUUAAAGGGGAAGGUGAAGCUGGGUCAUGUUGACUGUGAUGCAGAAAAGUCUUUAAUGAGCAGGUUCAAUGUUCAAGGAUUUCCAACCAUCUUAGUAUUUGGUGCUGACAAAGAUAGCCCAAUACCCUAUGAGGGUGCAAGAAGUGCCUCAGCAAUUGAAUCAUUUGCUUUAGAGCAGCUGGAAACAAAUAUUGCACCUCCUGAAGUGACUGAGCUGACAGGCCCGGAUGCCAUGGAAGAGAAAUGUGGGUCAGUCGCCAUCUGUUUUGUAUCUUUCCUCCCUGACAUUCUGGAUUCCAAGGCAGAAGGGAGGAACAAGUACAUCCAGCAGUUAUUAUCAGUUGCAGAGAAGUUCAAAAGGAAUUCAUACAGCUAUGUCUGGGUGGCAGCUGGGAAGCAGCCGGAUCUUGAGAAGCGUGUAGGUGUUGGUGGGUAUGGGUAUCCUGCCUUGGUAGCAUUGAAUGUGAAGAAAGGUGCAUUUGCGCCACUUAAGAGCGCAUUUGAGCUUGACCAUAUUAUAGAAUUUGUGAGGGAAGCUGGGCUUGGAGGAAAGGGCAAUUUGCCUCUGGAUGGCACUCCCGAGAUUGUGAAGACAGAACCAUGGGAUGGUAAAGAUGGGGAGAUCAUUGAAGAGGAUGAAUUCUCUCUCGAAGAACUCAUGGGGGAAGAUGCGGCAAGCAAGGAUGAGUUAUGAUCACCUUGAAGCAGAAUAUUAGAAAACGAGAAUCAGAUUUCAGUCUAAGAACGAUUUUGAUGCAAAAAACAAUGUUUUUGUGCCAUGAGACAUUUUAUAGUUACUAUUAAAUGACUUAUUUCCCAUAGUGAACGUGCUCUAAUUCCUAAUGACUUAUUAUGAGGAAUGUUCUCCAAUUCUUUC